CACCCGUGCUGAUGUUCACGCUCUCGUUCCAGCCGCAGCAUUCCCACCUCGUCAUCCAGCAGCUCCUGGGGCACCUGGAUGCCAACAGCAAGAGCGCGGCCACCGUGCGCGCUGGCAUCGUGGAGGUCCUCUCGGAGGCGGCCGUCAUCGCAGCCUCGGGGUCUGUNGGGCCGACGGUGCUGGAGGUGUUCAACACCCGGCUGCGGCGGCUGCGGCUCAGCAUCGACUACGCGCUGACCGGCAGCUACGACUGCGCGGCCGGCGUCAGCACCAAGAUCAUCAAGGAGCACGAGGAGAGGAUGUUCCAGGAGGCUGUCAUUAAAACCAUCGGGUCUUUCGCCAGCACGCUGCCCACCUACCAGCAGUCGGAGGUGAUGGUCUUCAUCAUGAACAAGGUGCCGCUGCCCUCCUCGCAGCAGUCCAUCGAGGCUGGCAAAGCUGGGGAGAACCGGAAUCGGCUGACACAGAUCAUGCUUCUCAAGUCCCUCCUCCAGGUCUCUGUGGGUUUCCAGUGCAGUAACAUGCUGACGGCCCUUCCCAGUGCCUUCCUGGACCGGCUGCUCUCCGCGGCCCUCAUGGAGGAUGCUGAGAUCCGCCUCUUUGUCCUCGAGAUCCUCAUCAGCUUCAUCGAUCGCCAUGGCAACCGGCAGAAAUUCUCCACCAUCAGCACCAUCAGCGACAUCUCGGUUCUGAAGCUGAAAGUGGACAAAUGCUCCCGCCAAGAUACCGUCUUCAUGAAGAAGCAUGGCCAGCAGCUCUACCGGCACAUCUACCUGAUCUGUAAGGAGGAGAGCAACGCGCAGGCUCACUACGAGGCUCUCUACAGCAUGCUGAUGCUCAUCAGCAUCGAGCUGGCUAACGAGGAGGUGGUGGUGGACCUCAUCCGCUUGGUGCUGGCCGUGCAGGAGAUUGCCCAGAUCAACGAAGAUAACUUGACAGCGUACAACCGCUGCGCGCUCUUCGCCCUGGGUGCAGCUUACCUGAACCUCAUCAGCCAGCUCACCACCGUGCCCACCUUCUGCCAGCACAUCCACGAGGUCAUCCAGAUGCGGCAGAAGGAAGCUCCCUAUCUGCUCCCUGAGGAUGUGUUUGUGGAGGGACCCAGGUUGAGCAAGAGCCUUGACCACCUGGGCCCAGAGGUCUUCUUCUGGCAGAGCAAGAUCAGUGAGGUGCUGGGUGGUAGUGGCUACAACUCGGACUGGCUCAGCACACCCUACAUCCCCCAGCUGACAGAUGAAGAUCGCUUGUCCAAGAGGAAGAGCAUCGGCGAGACCAUUUCCCUGCAGGUCGAGGUGGAGUCGAGAAACAGUCCGGAGCGAGAGCAGCGAGCACCAGCCGAAGAGAUCACGUACGAGACGCUGAAGAAGGCGAUAG